UUUCUUCGCCGUAUCGAUAGUGGAAGUGGAAUUCUGGAGUUCAGUGUGCGCUACAAGUUUCUAAGAUUUGGUACACAAAUCGAUCGACAUGGUGGACACUAUAGUGGAAUUUACAUCAAUUUACGAUGACGCUACCGUGCGAUCGCUCGAAAACGAAUUCUCGAGGCUUAAAGGCGAAUGCUAUGUGGAUCACGCAGGCGCAACUCUGUAUUCGGAUACACAGAUCAGGAAUGUUAGCGCUGAUUUGCAUGGCUCUCUUUAUGCAAAUCCCCAUUCCACCGGAAAUUCGUUGACGCAGGACAUUAUCGAACGUACGAGAUAUCGAAUUUUGAGUCACUUCAAUACGAAUCCUGAUGAGUACAGCGUCAUCUUCACCUCGGGCGCCACGGCAAGUCUAAAGAUAGUCGCGGAAGGAUUCCGUUUUACGAUGGAAAACAAUAAGGUAGUAAUGUCAUCGCAUUCGGGAAGUUUUAUUUACGUUCAGGACAAUCACACUUCGGUUCUCGGGAUGCGGGAUGUAGUCGCGGCCAGAGGAGCCGACACUAUUUGCCUAGGUCACGAUCAGGCAUUUCAAAUUUUCAGCCAGCCUACAACCUCUCGCGAUUCUGACGAAAGACAGAGCAGCAAUUCUCUUUUCGUAUAUUCUGCGCAAUGCAAUUUUUCUGGAUUAAAGUAUCCCCUUAAAUGGAUCAGUGAUACGCAUACUGGAGCGCUUUCUGUUUUUGUUAGAAAACCAUCGACGAGAUGGUAUGUUUUACUCGAUGCAGCCAGUUUUGUGCCAACAAAUAAUUUGGAUUUAUCUGUUUUUAAACCAGACUUCGUAUGUCUAUCAUUUUAUAAAAUGUUUGGCUAUCCCACCGGUAUUGGCGCCCUGCUGGUUAAAAACACCAGCUCGGAUGUUUUAGAUAAAACGUAUUACGGUGGCGGUACUGUGGACAUCGCUUUGAGUUCUGAAAGAUUUCACAGAAAACGUGAAAUACUGUAUCAAAGGUUUGAAGAUGGAACCGUACCGUUUCUAUCAAUCGUGUCGUUACAAUAUGGCUUUGAAAUACUUUCAAAGCUAACUAUGGAUCGAAUAUCAAAACACGUUUUCUCACUUGCCAAAACUCUUCAUCACUCUCUCUUAACACUACAUCAUUGUAAUGGUAAACCAGUUGUAAAACUCUACUCUGAUUCUGAUUAUGAGGAUCGUAGAUCACAAGGCGGCAUUGUUGCAUUUAAUGUUAUGCGUUCCAAUGGUGAAUAUGUAGGAUACAUGGAAGUUCUAAAUAUGGCAGCAUUAUUUAAGGUACAUCUAAGGACAGGCUGCUUUUGCAAUCCUGGUGCAUGUCAGAGACAUUUAUCCCUUUCGACUAAAGAUAUUCUUGAAAAUUAUGAGGCUGGGUAUACGUGCAGUGGUAUUGCGGAUUUAAUUAACGGCAAACCAACCGGAGCAGUAAGAAUCUCGUUCGGAUAUAUGUCUACGAUUAAAGACGUUGAGACAGUUGUACUUAUGAUUACUAAAUGUUUUAUUGACGAACCGUACAUCAGAAAACUUCCGGAAUGGUGGAAAAAGCACAAACUGGAAAUUUUUAAAAAUCACAGACAUUUUUACAAUUCUAAUAUAGAUUAUUCUGUUCCAUGUAUUAUAAAAAACGAGAAAAUUGUAAACAAUAAUUUUGAGAAAAAAAAAUUUCAAAAUAAUUUCCAUAAUGAAAAUAAAAACCUUAAUCGCAUUAGGAAUGCUAUAAAUACUAGCAAAAUAAAUACGCAAAUAAAUAAGUGUAUUUUAAAACGGUUAUUCAUAUAUCCUAUCAAAUCAUGUGGAGCACACGAAAUUACAGACUCAUGGAAUUUAAAUUCAAAGGGUCUAGAAUUUGAUAGAGAGUGGAUGAUAAUGACAUCUUCUGGAACUUGCUUGACACAAAAGCAUCAUAUAAAUCUAUGUUUGCUUAAGCCUGUUAUUCUUAGAAAGGAAAAUAUUAUGAAACUAACAUAUCCAGGAAUGCCAAUGAUUGAAAUUUCUUUGAAAAAUAGUUAUGAAAAGUCAAUGAAACAUCCUAUAUGUCAAAGCAGAAUAUGUGAAAGCAGAGUGGAAGGUAUUGAUUGCGGAUCGGAGGUUUCUGAAUGGUUAAGUUUGGCACUUGGCAAACCAAAUCUUAGACUAAUACAACAAAGUCACGGAAGACAAAAGAAAGGUCUAGAUAAGACUGAGUUAUCAUUUUCUAGCCAGGCACAGUAUUUAGCAAUAAACGAAGCAAGUGUGUCAUGGCUCAAUGAUAAGGUAUCUCAUGACUUAGAUUUUAAAAAAGAUACAGCUGUGCAUCGAUUUAGAGGAAAUAUUAUUGUGGAAGGUUGCGAAGCUUUUGAUGAAAUGAAAUGGAAACAUAUUUGCAUUGGAAAUAAUAACUUUGAAGUAAAUGGUCCUUGCACAAGAUGUCAAAUGAUAUGCAUUGAUCAAACAACUGGCGAAAAGACUAUCGAGCCACUGAGAACGUUAGCAGAAGAAUUCCAUGGAAAGUUAAGAUUUGGAAUUUAUUUAACUAGAUUAGAAAAUACACAGGGUAUGCUUAAGAUUGGCGAUCACAUCUACUGUUCCUAAUAAUUUUUUAAUGAUUACGUUUAAAGAUAUAAUAAUAUACCAAAAAAUUUGCCAGUUGUCGCCGUGUUUUUAUCCAUAUUACCAACAACGUUCCGUGAACCUUGUCAUUCACUUCAUUAGGAUGAUAAUCCGUAAAUCUUUUGUUAUCUUUGAAGAUAAUACCCAUAGAAGCUUGAAAAGCAUGAUUAUCUGAACUUUACAUAUAAAGCCUAAACUAUUGCGUAAACGUAGUUGUAAAAAUUCUCCAAUCACAGUUGGAUAUUCUUCUAGUAUUUAAUCAUAAUUGGUUAAUUUUUACAACUACAACUACGUUUAUACAAUUGUAGAUCGGGCUUAAUCAUGAGCAAGCUACAAAAGAAUAUCAUAUUGUUCUAUUAAAUACAUAGAGGAAGG